AUGACAAGAUAUUGCGGAGUUGACAAGAAUGCUAAAGAUGAUGAUCCGAAGAAAGCUUAUAAAAAGCUUGCUAUGAACCGGCAUCCCGAUAAGAACCCAAAUAAUAAGAAAGAAGCCGAGGCAAAAUUCAAACAGAUCUCCGAAGCUUACGAGGAACUCAAGUUUUGUAUGUUGAUCGCCGAACGAGUUCUAAGUGAUCCUCAAAAGAGAGCAAUAUAUGAUCAAUAUGGAGAAAAAGGGCUUAAAGGCCGAGUACCACCACUAGAUACCGGUGGUCGAGGAGAAGAAACCUUCUUUUCAAUCGAAGAUAGGCCGAUAAUGUUCGGAUUCAAUCGGAGAAAUGCCGAUAAUAUUUUUGUCGAAUUCUUUGGCUUCUCUAGCCCAUUUGGAGGAAUGGGAGGUGGUGGUAGCAUGAAAGGUGGUUCAAGGUCUUUUGAUGGAAUGUUUGGAGAUGAUACUUUUAGUUCCUUUGGCGAGGGACUUCCAAUGCAUUCAUCUCCUCGCAAAGCGCCUCCAAGAGAGAAAACGUUGCCUUGUAGCCUUGAGGAGCUCUAUAAGGGAACUACUAAAAAGAUGAAUUAUAAAAUCAUUGAAUGUUGUAACAAAAUGGCUUCAAAAGGCAAGUUAUUGCAAAUGAAGCCAAUUACGAUGGAGUUACAAAUGAUAGUUGUUGGGGUGGAAAGUGUGUCAAAUAGUUGGCAUGGAAACUUUUUUUGGGUUUUAUUGGAUGGCUCAUGGGACGGUGUGGAGAGAGGGAUUGGAAGCGAAGAUGAAGAAGUGGAGGCUAUGGCCAUGGAUUUUUGUGUCCGGUUGUUAUGGUGUUAG